AUGUUCACGGUGAAGAGGCAAGCGGAGACAUGGAUACGGAUACAGGACAGGAUAAAAAACUGUUUGUUCAACAAAAAACUAUUGAAGAAUCCCAAGAAUGUGCUUAAGAGGAGAGGGUUAUGGUGGAGAUCAAAAUACCAGACGGUCAAAAUCAUUUUACCUCUCAUGAUAUUGAACUUUGCUGGACACACCAGCUCGGAAAGUCUCACAAGCAGGGUCCUAUCCUCGUUCCUGGGUUACCCCGCCACGUGUACUGUUGGUUCAGAGGUACGAGCUUGUUCCCUGUCACUAACCUGUUGGCUCCGUGGAGGCAUCAGGUUGAAGGGUUGUGGAGGAGGCUGGUUGUUCUCAUGCUGUUAUACGGCCAGGGACAGAUAUGACUAUGAUAACACAAUCCCGUCUUCAGACUGGAAAUACAAAAUACCGCCGAAGUUACGUCAAGUACCUCAGAGAAAUGUGGUGCCAACGAACGUGUUCCGACGAAGAGUUGACGACGAUAUUAGUCAGAUGGAGUGUGGUCUGUCAUCAAGUCGCAUGCUCCAGAAGCGUAUAAUCGGCGGUCGUGAGGCGAGGGUCGCGGAGUUCCCUUGGCAGGCUCACGUCAGAAUCUUAGAGUUCCAGUGUGGAGGAGUAUUAAUAUCUCGUUGGUACGUGGCGACGGCUGCUCACUGCGUGUCCCGAGCUCGUCCUAGAGACGUGUCCGUGUGGCUCGGAGCUCUUGACACUACUUCGGGGGAUAAAAGCGCGAGGAAAAUUGGGGUCGUUCAGAAAAUCCUCCACCCUCUGUUUCAAUUCCGCAUGACUCAACCUGACCGGUACGACAUAGCGUUGCUGAAGCUCUCCCGACCUGUGACCUAUACUAGUCACAUCCUCCCGAUCUGUCUGCCUGAUGGAGACUUCGACCUCCGCGGCAAGUCAGGGGUCAUCGCUGGCUGGGGCAAAACAGACACAAGCAACGGUCACACCGGGACUAACUUACUGCGGUCCGCUACUGUACCGAUAUUGAGCACAGAACAAUGUAUAAACUGGCACCAGAGUAAGCAGAUCUCUGUUGAAAUACAUUCAGAGAUGAUCUGCGCCGGACACUCCGACGGACAUCAAGACGCGUGUUUAGGUGAUUCAGGAGGUCCUUUAAUAGUGUUGGACAGAGGUCGUUACUACCUGGCCGGCAUCACCUCGGCUGGGUUCGGCUGUGGCGUGGACCAUCAGCCAGGGAUUUAUCACAACGUGAGGGUCACCGCUGGCUGGAUAAGAGACGUCAUCACCAGAUACGGUGACCUCUAG